UACCUAUGUAAUACGUGUAAUGUGUCGAUCUGGUAAAAAAUAAUAAUGUUUGAUCGAAUGAUAAUUAUUCUGUCAUUUCCAGUCAUUUUACUUUCGAGUAAUCAUUUUACCGCCCCGGAGGAUAUAUAAUAUGGUUCAUGUCCUAAGCAACCACAGUAGCUUCAACACAAUAGUUCGCAUAACAAACAUUUUAACUACAGACGCCGUCGUACUGUGAACAUGUCAACAUCUUUUGUAGUGGCCUUAAGGCCAUUCUUAGUGAUGUCGAAAACUUUGGGACUCAUAAGCAUUACGCAUACAUUCGAUUCCGGGUUAUUGUACAAAAACUCGAGCGAUUCAACGCAUUUUGUCUGCCUAGAACUGAUUCGAACGACCGUUUUGGUAGGUUUUACGUACGUCUUCCACGUAAACAACACGUUUUACCUCCGAGAGCUGGUGUUGUUCAAAUUUUGGUUUACCAUUUUCAUGGCGAGGAUUUACGAAGUUUGGAUCAUCAGGUUGAUCAAUGGCAUAAUCGAAUUCGACAAAAGACUCGACGAACUCGCUCUGACGAUAUCUGGAAAUCCCGUGGCACGUUCGACCACGACGACGACGAAAUGUGGUUGGAAUACAUUUUUGGCCGCGUUGCUCGCGUCGUACAUAGGUCUGCAAAUAUGUUCAAUGUGGCUGUGGCCUCCAGCGAGGCUGGACUUUUUCGUCGUGGUGAAAUAUUUUUUCGAGAUCCCUUGUGUCACGGAGUUUGUAGUUUUCGCCACGGCGUACUUCUAUCUCCGCAACUUGGGGACGAGAUUCGACAUGCUGAAUCAUUUCUGCGAGCGGUUGCCCACCGGACUUUUUGCCGCCACCAGCACGUGGACCCAAUCCGAAAUCACCGAGGCGAUGGACAGAGUAUACGGUUGUUACAUUCCAAGCUGUGCGACAUGUUGCGCGUCUUCAGCUCCGGCUACGGAGGGGUGCUGUUGUGCUACUUUACGUUUAAUUUCUUCGAUCUCCUGCGGAAUUUUUACUACUUGAUACACGUGUCCAGAUACGAUUUCUCGUCCCAUCCGAGUUCUUACUAUAACACUCUAAACGUCAUACUGACCGUUGCGUUCUGUUUACAAAGCGUUGUCUUUGUAGUGUGCCUGCUAAUUGGAGUGUCAUGGAUAAACGAAAAGAAAAUUGAAAUCAUUUCUUUUCUAAGAUUAAUACAUAUUUCAAAACUACCAAUCGAUACGAAGUUACAAGUUAAAAUGUUUAUGAAUCAAUUAUCAAUUUUUGAAUGGGAUCAAUUUUCAGCUUUCGGAUUUUUUCAUAUCAAUUUGAGACUUAUAAUGUCAAUUUUUAUAUUACUCACGACAACGUUGGCCACAUCGGUACAAAUGAAAGAACACCCAUACGUGGUCAGAUUUAACAAGGCGUACCAAUCAUAUUUACGAUACGAGUACAACAUAAAUUAGGUCUUAACUAUAGCAUAUUUAGCUUACACAAAAUUCUUCUUUUACACAUAUUAAUUUGUUGAAAUAUUUUAAAUCAUAUUACUAUUGAAACAUUAUAGGGUACUCGUGUUUGACAUUUUUUUUCGAUAUCGAUACGUCGUAUAUCACAUAGAAUCAUUGAUAAUUAAUACUGUAAUGAUUUAAUACCUACAUAAGUGUAUUUGUGUCACCUAUUAUAUAACUUUUCUGCAAAUUAAUUGAAUUUUUGAUAAGUGUCAAAUGGACAUUCGCAAGGUAGUAUUUGAUUAUUAAACAACGUUUGAAAUAACAAGGUAAAAAUUAUAAUU